GUGUUCAUUCCAAGGGAAAUACAGAAGGCUGAAAAGAAAAGCACCCUCACAGAUACUGGAACUGUUGCCCGGCAACUGAAUCCAGGACUCUCUUUUCAUUGGGUAGCCACAAGUGCAGGAAAUGGCUGCCUGUCCUGAGGAUCAUCAGCCCUGGCCAGGUAUAUAAAGGUGCCCGACCCAGAGGAGACCUCACACCUGAGAACACCUCCCCGCUCUUCCGCUCUCCUUCCCACUCCAGCCCAGACUCCACCAUGACCGGCUCCUGCUGCGGAUCCUUCUCCUCCCAGAGCUGCGGGGGAGGCUGCUGCCAGCCCUGCUGCUGCCGCGACCCCUGCUGCUGCCGCCCAGUGUCCUGCCAGACCACAGUGUGCCGCCCUGUGACCUGCGUGCCCCACUACACCAGGCCGGUCUGCGAGCCCUGCCGCCGCCCCGUCUGCUGCGACCCCUGCGGCCUGCAGCAGGGCUGCUGCCGCCCCAUCACCUGCUGCCCCAGCUCCUGCACCGCCGUGGUCUGCAGGCCCUGCUGCUGGACCUCCACCAGCUGCCAGCCCGUCUCGGUGCAGGCUCCCUGCUGCAGGCCGCCCUGCUGCCAGCCUGCCCCCUGCCGCACCACCUGCAGGUCCUCCCCCUGCAACACCUGCUGCUGAGCCAAGGAAUGCACAGCUUCGCCAGGUGAACAGAACUCUGCCUGCUCCUCCCGGAGCAGGCGAGAAACGCCACUUUGGAAACCCAUCUGUUCUCCCACAGCUCACUCAACCGUAAAGGCCUAUCAAAUUUUCCACGCUGGUCAUCUGCAUAGCUCUAGGCAUAUCCUAGCCCUCACCAGCUGAAUUCUUGGCUUCCAAAACAUGUGUAAGCAAAAUCAAGUUCCUUAAUGGCCCUCAGUCCCAUUGAAUCACUGUAAAUUUUCCAGUUCAAGGUUUCAAUGGGAUAUAUUUUUAGCAUUGUAUUUUUAUGC